AUGGCGAGCCAUUCCACCCGCGAGCUCUCCAAAUGCGGGCUUGGCUCAAAUAGCGUUCCUACCGAGAGUAGCACGCAUCUCAACCGUCCCUCUCGUGGACACGCGGAGUACAGCGUCACCAUCUCCGAGCAGGAACCCGCGUUAUCGGCUGAUUCGUCUCCUGGGACUCGCAAUGUCAACCGUGAAGGCUUUUGGCGGGGUGUUGUUGCCUCUGCGUCUUCUCCUGCUGUUUCCGCGAGCAGCAAGAGCACAGGGGGGCCAGCAGUGUCGGAGGCAGUCAUUGUGGGUGGAGGUUUGGGAGGCCUCGCAACGGCUAUUGGCCUCCGGAACAUUGGGAUUGACGCGCAGGUAUACGAGGCACGGGACGAGGUGAUAGACGGGGGAACCCUCCUCACCCUCUUCCCCAACGGGCUCAGAGCGCUCAGCAGAAUCGACCCUGCCAUUGUGCCCCAGCUGAUAUCCCGUGGAGUACCGGACCCCACCUGUUUCAACCGCUCUCCAACGGGCGACAUCCUUUUCCAGUUUGACCCCGCGUCCAGCAUCACUGCCCGCUACGGCUUCCCCAUGCUCUGCAUCCGCUGGCAAGAGGUGCUCGACGUGUUGCGUGGGAUGCUGCCAAACGAUUCCAUCCAUCUCGGGCACAGGCUCGUGGAGUUUACACAGAGAGAGGAGGAAAAAGAGGGGGGAGGAGGUGCUGAGGGGAACGGCUCGGUGAAAUGCGUUUUCAAGGAGGUUUCGGGCGGUGAAGAGCGGUUGAUGGAGGUGGAGACCCCUCUACUGCUGGGGGCGGACGGCAUUCACUCAGAGGUGCGGAAGAAGCUGCUACUGGUGGGGGGAAAGGAAGGGCAGACUCCCUCUGCCCGCACCCUCCUCGGCCGCACAGCAGCCAUCAUCGACGGUGGAUUAGGCAAGCUCUACUGGGCACUCACGCUCGUCGAUUCCGCCGAUCCGACGGUCAGCAGCGCACGGUCCAGCGGGGGGGAGGAGGCGCGGGAAAAGAUCUUGCGGGCUUUUGAGGGGUGGGAUGCGGUGGAGCAGCUGGUGAAGGCCACUCCCCCCGACCUCAUUCUCGAACGCCGCGUGCUCGACCUCCCGCCCCUGCCCUUCUGGGUCCACGGGAGGACGGCUCUCCUUGGAGAUGCGGCGCAUGCAGUGACGCCAGUGACGGGGCAGGGAGCCAAUCUGGCGUUUGAGGAUGCGGCUCAGCUGGUGGAGUGCCUCCGGGUGCACUCACAUGCCAGCGACGCCCUUCGCUCCUUCCAAUCCAUCCGCAUGCCACGGGUGCAAGCGGUGACUUCACGGAACGUCGCCGAAGCAAAUAAGCUCUAUGACAAGAAAGGCAAGAAUGAGAAGAAAGCAGGAGGGUAUGUGAAAGAAGCGGGUUACCGCGAUGCAAGCAAGGCGGGUGCAGCGCCGCCGAUCUUAAAAGACGUGGAAGCAACGGUAGUGUCAGCGGCACAAGAGGCGCGUGAUCCUGACGAUAAUAUUUAUGGUUAUGACAUUGUCGCCAGGGAGGAGGAACUUUGUAUUGCUAGUGUUAUGCAAUAA